AUGGAUCCUGUCGAGAUGUAUCACACUGAUCGAGAACAAUACUACCGAGACUUAGACAAGCUCAUCGACUCCGCCUCAAUAUUCGCGGCGGCAGCAGCAACAUCAGAUCAAACAAGCACUGCGUCCAGCCCUUCCAGCCCAGCACCGAGUGCCACCACCAUGGACACCUCACCUACUCCUAUCCUCGACCCUCGCCUGCGCAAGCGGACAGCACCAACCUCACCCACUCCUUCCAAGCGGGUCAAGAUCAGCGACUCAUCUGAGAGCGUACGUCGUGCCAGCGCCGCCAGUGAUGGUGUGCAUCCGGCACGAUUUGAGCUUCUCUCUAACCAUGAACGAGGUGACAAGGACUCCUUCCAGCCUUGGAACUCCCUGAGACCUUUCGACGAUCGUACUGGGGCAAACAGCAUCGAGGUACGCAUGAAGUCGACUCCAGGUAGGCCAUCUUCGCGGUCCUCGGAUGUUUCCCGCGCCGCAUACUCCAUGGCUGAGCUCACAGGAACUCCACGCGAGCCAUCUUCACAACUUUCAGUGAAGUCUGGCGCCAGAUCCUACGCACAUCAGGCCAAUCGCUUGCAUAGCGGCCGGGACAAUCAAAACAGAAGCUCUCUACAAAAUGCCGUACGCCGGCAGUGGGACCCAAGCAAGGAUGAUCUUGUGUACGAAGACCUGGUGGCACGACGGCGGAACGAGCGCCUCGCCAACGUGGAUCGCUACAUUCCACAGAUCGGUGACAGCGUUGAUGCAGGGCGUGGCUCUGAGCGCACGCCACGCGCCGCCGUCAAUGUCCCAUCGGGCUCUCCUCAGCACGCCAAGCCAUUCCCUUUUACCAGGCUGCCGGGACGGGUCCAGGAUCGAAUCUUAUCUUUGCUGCUUGUCAAGGACAGCCCCAUCACGAUCGACUUCACCUGGCUUCGGCCCUUUGUACACGGGCAUUGCCGUAUCCCUGUCGCCACCGAAACACUGCCAGCUAGCGGAGGGUCUUACACGGUGCCAGUGGAAUGGACAAAGCUGUUGGAAGAUGUCAGACUCAUGAAGUCCGACUGCAGCAAGUUCAAAGACGCCCUGGAGGUUCGUGGCAACAAGACUCGUAAGCUUCGUGGGCCGGGCAGAGGGCUUACUACGGGGCUGCUUCGAGUGUCUCGCGAGGUCCAUAGACGUGCAGUCACGGUGUUCUACUGCGAGAACACCUUCGCCUUCCCAUGGCCCACAGCUGCCUGGAUGCAGCUGGAAUCUUUCCUCGCCACCGUCGGACCUACCAAUGUCCGACGCAUCCGCAGCAUCUCCAUCCACGUUCCUCUCUGGCAUCGGGGCAUCCACGACGACUACGUCGAGGGCGCGAUCCUCGACUUGACGACCCCGGCGUCACGUCUCGGCGUCGUUCAGCCUUCCGAUCGUGAUAGACUACUCUCUGCCGUUCGAUCGUGUGUACAUGCUCUCACCAAAGGCGGGAGACUUGAGAGCCUAUCCCUGGAACUGGAGCACGGGAUCAAUACAGAUCGAUGGACGGGAACAUACAGCAACAACCGCCAAUUAAUUAGUGCCGCUGACGCCGAAGAACAUGUCAUGCGCAAACAAGAGGGCAUCGAGCUGUUGCGCAAAGCUUGUCGUGUCUUGCCACAGCGCCCGACCCUCGCGCUGUAUCACCCCUCGGCGACUAACAAGAUUGCUCAAUAUCACAUCUCUGAGUUUCGGUCACGUUUGGCUAGUGUGGUUCAAGAGGCGAAUAAGUAUGGAUGGCAGGUCGAUCAGCAGCUGAAAGGCAGUAGAUGCUAG